AUGGUGCGGAGAUGUCGAGCCUGCUUGGUAGACUACGAACAUACUUCGAGCGCUUGUCAAGCCAGUCCCCUAGCCUUGGUUCCGAGCCACUGGCUGGACACGAGGGAAACUGUACGGCGGACACCGGAUACUGUAACCGAUCGCGGCGGACUGACGAAAAGAGGCCACGGCGCCUACUCGCAUUUCUCCGCGACGGCUCCAGAACGGGUUGAGCUGUUCACUCAACUUUCGAAAAGCGAUAACGUGGAGCAGAGCGGCGAAGCGGUGAAGCCUCCGGACAAGCAUCACAAGAUGAACACUGACAUACGGACGACGGAAUUUAACGUUCUGCACAUGGAAGUGGAAACUUUGAGGUGGCAACUGGCCCAGACUGAGGCGAACAGACAGAUGCACAUAGCUUUACUUAAGCAGAUAGUGACUUUCCUGAACAGAGUGAAGCAGCACUUUGAGGGACAGAGGGACGAGGAGGUGACGCGGAAGAACGUCCCCAGCAGGGCACUCGCCAGGUCCCUCAACUUCAACGACAUCCCACGGUCCCGUUCUGUGUUGCACGUCAACAAAAAUAUCGAAUACGCCAUAACGCCCACCAAGAAAAUGAGCACAAGGAAGAUCAGCAAGUCGAUUUGCAAUGUAAACGGAUACAAAGAUUGCAACAGCCAUUGGAAUAAAUCGAAACUAUCCCUCGUGUCCGAACACGAAACUUCUAUAAAGAUAAGUGAGGAAAUGUCUAGACUGAUCACUCUUGCCAACACGGUUCUCAGCACCAAACUGCCCGACCUCGCGUGUACGUGUGUCGAUAAAGUCAAUGAUUCAGAAGCCAGGUCCGUGGACAGUGGUGUAGAAAGACCUCUCUCAUUAAACCUGUCUACCCUUACGAUAAGUUUUGAGAAAGAAGAAUUGCGUAAUUCCAUAGUUGACGAUCUGAGGCCUUAUAACGGGGUAACGGACAAACUGGUUCAACACGAUGGCCCGAAUUGCGACAAGCGUUCAGCGUCCCCUCCGGCCAAUCCCAGCGAGCUGAAGCAGACACCCGUUGAUAUAGACAUCCUCGACGGUGAGCCUAAAAGGGGGAAGGGGUCGCCCAACACUAAAGUGUCGCUUGCGAUUGACAAAUUGAACGACUACAACGCCGUGUCUAACUUUGUAGAGGACGAAAGCGGAUUCUCAUCUAUGAGCUCAUUCCAGGAGAUCGGAAUACCGAUUAUAAGCAUCAUUCCACCGUCACCGAGCAAGGAGAUCGGCUGUUUGGAGAAUUCCACCGUGUCCGAGGGUACUGAGAAGUGGAAGGCCGACGCGAUAGAACUAGACAAGCACAGCGUCAGAGUUUUCUGGGUC